GAGUGAUUGUAAAUAGACAGAAAACUGAGGGAAGCUGUACGCAGUCUGUAAAGUUAACAAAGCAAAGUCCUCUCCUUAUUUAGCUCUCACUGUGCGUCUGUAUGAGUGUGUGUCACAGAGAGAACGUCAUCCGGACGAGACGCCACUGUUGUUUAUGUGUUAGUGAGUGAGGAGGGAGUGGGACGGAUAUAAAGGGAGGAGAGAUAGCGAAGCGGAGGGAGAGGUGCUUCUAAUUGCUUUCAUUUUCCUCUAAUGACCGCCGUGGCUCGAGGAGGAACGGAAACACAGUUCGUCUGUCAGUCUCAGCGCGCACACACCGCGGAGAGGAGGACUCUUCUGGACGCACGAGCGCGCGCGCCCGUCUGCACCUGUUGAGCCGAUCUGUUCCCGUCCUGCAGUCAUGUCCGUCUCCACAGCUGUGUGAGAGGCUGCUCGGGUCUAUCACAGGUCUUCCUAUCUUACACGAGAGAGAUGUCAUCGCUCUAUUCACGCAGCAAGGACCUUUCCUCUCGCUCCAGAAAGUCCCUGUCGGACUCGCCGCCCUCCUCCCCGUCCUACAGCAGCAAAACCUCCAGACAAGACCGGGCCUCAAGCAGGCCAGACUCUAGUGGAGUGGAGUCUGCGUCAGACAGACAGUCAGCUCGGACCAGCACAUUCACACGCAGAGAGAACAGACUCGCCUCUCUGAGCAAAACUGAGGAUGACUCGGCCAGCAAGGACUAUAAGAAGCUGUAUGAGGAUGCACUGACUGAGAAUGAGAAGCUGAAGUCUCGACUGGAGGACAGCAAGCAGGAGCUCACCAAAAUCCGCUCACAGCUUGACAGAGUCACACAGAAGCAGGACAGGAUAUCAGAGAGGUCCACCACUGUAUUUGAAUCAGAAAAAAGGGAAAAAGAAGCAUUGGAGAAGAGGGUUUCGGACAUGGAAGAAGAAUUUAAGACCUUUCCCGCUCUGGCUCGACUACAGGCUCUCCGCAGGGGGAACGCGAGCCUCCUACAGGAGAAUAAAGCCAUGCUGCACUCCCUCGCUCGCCUCACUCAGACGGCCUCUCUCCCUGAGACAGACGAUCUCUAGUUCUCCUCUUUAUCUCUCUCUGUCCCUUCCUCUGCACCCAGUAGUCCUCUUCCUUUGUCUGCUGCUGUUCACCUCUCAGGUUUUGACAGAACUGAAGUCUGAUAACCAGCGGCUCAAAGAUGAGAAUGGAGCCUUAAUCAGAGUCAUCAGCAAACUUUCCAAGUGAGGACGACCGGCUGGAGGAGGGGAGGAGAGGAGGAGAAACACUGAACAGAGAGACACCAAAUCUGAGAACUCCACAUCCACUUCAAACUGACCAUUGGCAUGCUGGGUAAUUUGCUCUUGGUGCAUCAGCUCCAGAGUUAAAGAGAUUCUCACAACUUCAUUAUUAUUUUUUACAAUUAUUUUAUAAUUUACUUGCUCAUGUUGUUACAAACCGGUACGGCAUUCUCUCUGCUGUGGAACGCAAAAGAAGAUAUUUUGAGAGGUUUCCCAUAGAAUCAUCAAAUAAAUGGAACGUUUUCUCACUGUUAGCCAUUACUAAAUUUGAAAUGUUUCAGGAUCAGUGUAGAAGAUGAUAGAAUCCCUGCUGAAAAACAACGGAAAAUGUCCAUGCUGGCCAGGCUGGUUUAAUAGUCCUGAAGAUAAAGGUUCUUUAAUGGCAUUGAUGGUUCCACAAAAAAAAGAAAAAAAAAGAAAUCACAUUAAAGAAAAAUAAUUUCCUUUUAGAAAAGUUCUGAAAUGUAAAUGUUCUUUGGGGAACGCACUUUUUAGAACCAGAUUACUGCUAGUAGAACCAGUAUAAAGAUUCUCUUGACCAGCUAAAAUGAGUUUGUGAUGCCGGUCAACUAGGUUUCUGAUGAAGCUGGCUGACUAGAAGACUCUUGCUUGUUAAGAAGCACCAGCACACUACGGAUAAGCAGCUAAACCACAGCAUUGGUCACCGACUGUUGUGGUCUUUUCAGCAGGGAGAAGCUGAACAAACUGCCAUUCCUUUAAAUAAUAUUUGAUCAUCAAUCCAAUCGAUUUAUCCAGAAGCGGUCAGCUGGUCUAAUACGGUCCAGUGUGUUCUUCUAAAAGGAUUGUUCCCAGCGAGAGAAACCACUCUCCACAUAUCAACCCAUUUGUCCUGUUUACCUUUACAGUUGUGGUGUUUCUAUAUAAAGUGAUGGGCUGCAGAAUGGAUACGUGGAACCAUUGAAGGGGUUUUAUAUUUAUUGGUGCUUUUUUGUUUGUAAUUAAUAGUAUCUAUAAGGAUAAAACAGAAACACAUCACACAUAAUAUGGCAUUACAGAUGCUUUUCAUUGUCCACAGUUUUUAACCUGUAAUCUUGAACCAAUGCUCACAGCACUUUGUUUAUGACUGUGUUUGUUGUUUGCCUGAGUAUUAAAAACACUGUAAAAUACA